UCUCUUCGGCGCCCCCCAGGAGGCCUCCCUUCGGGGAUCAGGACUUGGUGGCAUCUCCACUUACGGCACGUUGGGCCUUGGGGCAGGAAGUGCCGGACGAAGGAGGGUUCCUCCGGCCCCGUCGGAGGCUUCUGGGAGAACAGUUCUGAGAUGGACGAAGAAGUCUCAGCUGGCCCGAAAGCAAGAAGGGGGCCUGGUACUACCAUGACUGGAAGCAGUGGGGAAUUCUGGGAAGGAACAGUGCAGGGAAUCCUGGAAGAAGAGACGCCCUGCCCUGAUGUACAGAGCCGGCAUUUCCGGCAAUUCCCCUACCAGGAGGCUGAGGGCCCCCGAGAGGUUUGCAGCCGACUCCACGAUCUGGGCCGCCAGUGGCUGAAACCAGAGAGGCACACAAAGAACCAGAUGCUGGAUCUGGUGAUCCUAGAGCAGUUCCUGGCCGUCCUGCCCUCGGAGAUCGGGAGCUGGGUGAGAGAAUGUGGAGCGGAGACCAGUUCCCAGGCGGUUGACCUGGCAGAAGGUUUCCUCCUCAGCCAGGCAGAGGACAAGAAGCAGGAAGAGGAGCAGGAGCAGGGCCUGUUUGCAGAAUUGAGCACUGAUUUCUCUGAGGCAGAGAAGGCUCCAUGCAGACCCAGUUCGGAGCGAAGAAGGAUCGUUGAGGAGGCUGACGGUGGACCCCCUGUGCAGGGUGAAGUCAUGAUGCCGGCAGUCAGUACCCCAUCAUCUCUUUCUGAUGGCGAAGGGGGAACGGAGGCCGUGGGACCCCAUGAGGGUCUGGUGAGCUUUGAGGAGGUGGCUGUGUCUUUCACGGAGGACGAGUGGGCGCUGCUGGAUCCGGACCAGAGAGCUCUGCAUCGCGAAGUCACGGAAGACAUCUGUGGGACCGUGACCUCUCUGGCGGCUGCACACUGGGUGGACCUUUUCAUCGAGCUGUCCACCACAACCCCAAGAUCUUGUUUGGGCGCUGCCAGCUCAGAUCUGAUGGACGAGGAGAGAAUAAAUACAGGAGCAAAGUACAAGAUGAGGAAUAAAUCUUCUGCUUCUCAUGGCCAUAAGUACAGUGAAACCCCAGUACUGGAAAACGUAGGUGAACGAAUGGAAAUAAAUCAGUAUUCUGUGCUUAAGACAAGCUUUGAUUCUCAAUCAAGCCUUCAAAGCCAGUGUAAAACUCACACAGAUGACAACUCAUUAAAACGCUUGGAGUGUGGAAAGAGCUUCACUAGAAACACACACCUGACUUCUCAGCAGAGAAUUCUCACAGGGGAGAAACCAUAUGAAUGUGCAGACUGUGGAAAGAGCUUCAGUCAGAAGCCUAGCCUCACUUAUCAUCAAAGUAUUCACACAGGGGAGAAACCAUAUGAAUGUGCAGAGUGUGGAAAUCGCUUCAGUGCUAAGACACAACUCACUCGUCAUCAAAGAAUUCACACAGGGGAGAAACCAUAUGAAUGUAUAGAGUGUGGAAAGCACUUCAGUCGGAGCCCAAACCUUACUUCUCAUAAAAGAAUUCACACAGGAGAGAAACCAUAUGAAUGUAUAGAGUGUGGAAAGCGCUUCAGUCAGAGCACACACCUCACUUCUCAUCAUAGAAUUCACACAGGGGAGAAACCAUAUGAAUGUGCAGAGUGUGGAAAUCGCUUCAGUGCUAAGACACAACUCACUCGUCAUCAAAGAAUUCACACAGGGGAGAAACCAUAUGAAUGUGUAGAGUGUGGAAAGCACUUCAGUCGAAGCACAAACCUCACUUCUCAUCAUAGAAUUCACACAGGGGAGAAACCAUAUGAAUGUGCAGAGUGUGGAAAGCACUUCAGUGAUAAGGUACAACUCAAUUCUCAUCACAGGAUUCACACAGGGGAGAAACCAUAUAGCUGUGCAGAGUGUGGAAAGCUCUUCAGUCAUAACUCACAACUCAAUUCUCAUCGAAGGAUUCACACAGGGGAGAAACCAUAUAGCUGUGCAGAGUGUGGAAAGUGCUUCAGUCAGAGCACACACCUCACUUGUCAUCAAAGAAUUCACACAGGGGAGAAGCCAUAUGAAUGUGCAGAGUGUGGAAAGUGCUUCAGUCAGAGCACACACCUCACUUGUCAUCAAAGAAUUCACAUAGGGGAGAAGCCAUAUGAAUGUGCAGAAUGUGGAAAGUGCUUCAGUCGGAAGUCACAACUCACUUCUCAUCAAAAAAUUCACACAGGGGAGAAACCAUAUGAAUGUGCAAAGUGUGGAAAUCGCUUCAGUGAUAAGGUACAACUCAAUUCUCAUCAAAGGAUUCACACAGGGGAGAAACCAUACAGCUGUGCAGAGUGUGGAAAGUGCUUCAGUCAUAACUCACAACUCAAUUCUCAUCGAAGGAUUCACACAGGGGAGAAGCCAUAUAGCUGUGCAGAGUGUGGAAAGUGCUUCAGUCAGAGCACACACCUCACUUGUCAUCAAAGAAUUCACACAGGGGAGAAGCCAUAUGAAUGUGCAGAGUGUGGAAAGCGCUUCAAUCAGUGGUCAAACCUCACUUCUCAUCAAAGAAUUCACACAAGGGAGAAACCAUAUGAAUGUGCAGAGUGUGGAAAGAGCUUCAGUCAGAGUUCAAGCCUUACUUCCCAUCAAAGAAUUCACACAGGGGAGAAACCAUAUCAAUGUGCAGACUGUGGAAAGCGCUUCAGUCAGAAGAUGCAACUCACUUCUCAUCAAAGAAUUCACACAGGGGAGAAACCAUAUGAAUGUGCAAAGUGUGGAAAGUGCUUUGGUGAGAAGAGACAACUCACUCGUCAUCAAAGAAUUCACACAGGAAAAACAUUAUGAAUGUGCAGAGUGUGGAAAGAGCUUCAGUCAAAGCGCACACCUCAAUUCUCAUCAUAGAAUUCACA